AUGAGCACACACGAAGCGCUCAUUCACUGCUCCUGCACCGCGCCCUUCUCCGUCUCGCGCCCACCGCCGUCUGACCCGCCCCUCGCGUUCUUCCAACACCACUCGCUCUCGGACCUCUUGUUCUGCGAGGACUGCGACGCCGUGCGCUGCAACUCGUGCGCGGCGUGCGAGGUCGCUUGCUACUAUUGCCCCAACUGCUUGUUCGAGGUCCCGAGCGCCAGCGUGCGAGGCGAGAAGAACAGAUGCGCACGCAACUGCUUCCAGUGCCCACAAUGCGACCACACCCUCUCAGUCGUCGCAUCCGACCCCGCUCCGUCCCUCCCUCUCAACACGGCUGCAGCGAGCGUCGGCGAACCGCCCUACUUUCUCACGUGCACAUUCUGUCGAUGGGACUCGAAGGAGGUUGGGAUCGAGUUUGAGAAGCCGACGGGACUCGCGCUCCAGCUGCAGAAAGCCGAGGAACCAACGGCCGACCUCCUCGAGUUCGACCACAUCAAAGACCACCUCGAACCCUUUCUCCGCCGCUCCCAAGCGCAAUCUACGUCGUCCGCCCACACCCACGCAGCCGGCGCUUCCUCCUCAUCCGCCGUUCUGAGUGCCGCCUCGGCUCAGCUGUUCAGGGACGUACCUGGACUGGGAACGAGGUAUGGCGGGAGUGGAUCGCUGUUCGGGACGGGUAGUCGCGCCCGAGGAGGAGGAGGCGAUGCGGGACAAGCGGCCGACGAACUCGAGCGGUACUCGAGUCUGUACCCCUCGCGCGGUGGAGGGCCGGGAAGCGAGAAGGAGAACCACAGGACGAGGGCGGCGAGUAAGGGAAAGGCGGUGGACAGGGAUGCGGAGGUGGUUGCGAGGAUGAGGGAGAUGACGAAUUUCGAGGAGAUUGCGAGUUUGGAUCGGCGGUGGACUGCCGGGUGGCAGCCGCCUGUAUUCUCGAGCGAACUUCGCCCACUCCGCACUCCUCUCCAAGCGAAACUCUCCAAGCGCUGCCCAGUCUGCAUGCACAUCCUGAUCAAGCCGGAACAGAAGUCCUCCUCAACGCGAUACAAGAUCAAGCUCGUCGCGGCGAACUACCUCCCGUCCAUCUCGAUCCAGCGACGGCUGCCUGCGUCGAUUGGGUCACGCUUGUCGGCCAUCGCGGCGGGGACUGCGUCGGGGCUCAGGAGGACUGCGCGGACCGGUGCAGGACGAGACGACGGGAGUGGAGCGGGCGAUGAAGAGCCUCUCCGACCAGGUCGAACGUAUACCUUCGAGCUGAGCUUCACAAACCCCCUCUACGAGCCAAUCCACGUCCGCCUCGCCGUCGCACGACCAGGUGCGAACAAGCCCGUCGAAGAGGGGCAGCAACCCCCGCCUCCGCCAUUCGCUGUCAACCUGCCUUCACCGACUUUUCCGAUUGCGGCCUAUGCGGAGGAUUGGGAGUAUGAGGAUCAGGAGGACGAGGAGGAUGCGGGUGGCGAGGAGGGAGAUGGGAGGGCGAGUCCGACGAAGCGCAAGGGGAGGGGCGGGCCAGGGAUCGUCGAGCGCAAGAUGAACCGGACGACGAUUGCGAUGGACGUCGCGAUAGCCAAGGACGCCGUCGGUCCCUUGCGCGGGCGUGUACCCUCUACCUCACACCUCCUUUCCCUCGCUGACCGCCUCAUCUCACAGGCCAACAUGCUCGUCACGUACGUCUACCAAGCCGACGACGCUGUCCCUCCCUCUCCGACCAAGAGUCCGCAAAAAGGCGGCAGCAAGGCGCAAGACGUCAAGACGUUCUCGUUCUGGACCCUCGUGCCGCUCGGAACGGUCGUGCCCCGCCCCGCGACGGAGCCAAGGAGGUCGAUGGCGGUCAGUAGCGGGAGUGCGGCGUGA